GCCAGCGGGGUCGUUGCAGCAUCGGAUGUAAAGUGAGAGUCCCGUAUCCUGAAGGUGAAGUGGAGCGCAGGUGUGAAUCAAGAGUUCGGUUCCCAACGGAUCCGGGAUUGAGAGCGAAUUUAAUGGAGCUCCACGAGAGAGCCCUUUUUGAAGCCAGAUGUUUUUCUGAUCUGGGUUCUGAUAUUGACCUCGGAGUGCUCCCUGAAGAGGAAAAAGAAGAUCUUGGUGUAGAAUUGGCAAAGCUAGAAGAUGAAAUCUCUACCUUGAGACAAGCUCUAAGUGCCAAGGAGAAACAUCUAGUGGAAAUAAAGCAGAAGAUGGGCAUUACCCCACUGAAUGAAAUAAAGCACAACAUAAGCAAAAGCUGGCAUGACAUGCAGACUUCUGUGAUAUAUAAAAAAACACAGGAGACUCUUAAUGCCACUGGGCAGAAGGCUUCAGCAGCAUUGAAUAAUGUAAGCUCUACACUUGGCAAGAAACUGGGAGAAAUGAACUUAUAUUACCUCCGACUUCUGCUCCCAAGCAGUUACCCUGUGCAGCAUUCAAUUAGCGCACCAGCAAAGAGAAAUUCUCCAGCAUUCAAGUCCUUUGAAGAACAGGUGGAAACUACUGUUAGCAGUUUGAAGUGUAAAGUUGGUGUACCUGCCCACAGCAGUGGAAGUUUUGAAGAUGUGCUGAAUUCUACUGCCAAUGCCAGUGUUCAGGAAUCAAUUUCAGGAAAUCGUUCAACUAAAGAUAUCGAAUUUUUUUAAAUCUUUUCUACAAUUCUGUAGGAUUUAAAAUGCAUAAAUCUUGGUGUUAUUAGAUUUUAUUUAAAAUUCAGUAUAUCUAUGUCUCCUGUUUAUAUUGAGAAAUAUAGCCUGGAAUUAUUUAAAACAAAAUAGUGGCAAGGAACUUGCUACAUUAUAUCAAUAUAAAAUUGUUUCACAUACUUUUAUUCUUGGACUGUCUUUCUAAUUUAUGAAGUGCUGACUCUAAACUCCAUUUGUACUUGUAUUGCAAUGCAGUAAGUUUACAAGUUUUGUCAAACCACUUCUGUUAAAUGAAUGUUAAUUGAACCAAAAUGUAUUGUGCUUCUGAAGUCUUACAGAAAAAAAAUAAAUUUCUU